AUGACGUCAUUUAUGAACUGGAAGUCAGACGGCAAUUUUGAUAUGUCUAAUCAUGCUAUUACUCUUGCCGAUGAAGAUAAACUUUCAUGUCAAGGUUUUGCAGCUGAUAUAGUUAUUCGAGAUCUCAUCUCUUCUGGCCAUGCUACAGCAGAACCAUGUCCCUGCAUAGAACAAAUUAUUGCAAUUGAUGAAACGUUUGAAAAGGUUAAUAACUGCUAUAACCAGUGGUUCUUUACGGACGGUAUCAAGCAAAUGUGCUGCUACAGUGAAAAUGGUCAGCUUCUAAUUGAUGGUCCCGGGGCAGGAUAUCUUCUUCUAGAAUCUAAUGAAGGGUACAUUGAACGAGCUCACGACAUGUGUUGUGGAAAUGGAUCAGAUGCAUUUAAAGAAUCUUGUGAAUCAUUCUAUCAAAUAAAUAAACCUGAUGAUUGUAGUACAUACGUUCCACCUGUUGUGUCAAUGUCAUCAGGAGAUCCUGUCAUACAAACAAUAGAUGGAGGAAAAUAUGAUUUUAAUGGUCAUGGUGAAUAUGUAUUUCUGACAGACGGGAAGAACUUUGAAAUACAAGCUCGAACAGAAUAUGUUGUGAAGGGAAACAAAGAUUCGACAUAUUUUUCUGCCUUUGCAUUGCUUGAUAAAACGUCAGACGAGCAAAUAGAGCUCCAUUAUGAUCGGGAAGCUGAUGAUAUCAGAUAUUUUCGGAAUGGUUCAUAUAACAGCAAUUGUAACGCAUCAUCAAUGUUAGGACACGGACGACCUUAUCUUUGCGAAAAUCAUCCUCAAAGGCCUAAUUGUUUUGUGUUAGCUGGUGGUGGUAAAAUAACUAUACAAAACUGUGGUUUCAAAUCUUAUAUCAAACAGCUGGUGUUUGGGACUGACAAUUUUCUGAGUAUACAGAUCAUGAGAGACUCAAAGGCAAAUAUAACAAACAUUACAGGCCUAGCAGGACAUCGGGAAGAUGGUUUCUACAUUGCGAGAAACAACUCAAAAGUUUCUGAAAAUGCACCUGCAUUAUCAUUCUUUCACUUUGGCGAAUCAUGGUCAUUACGGAGUGAGUCGGAGAGUGUUUUCAUGUAUAAAGAGACUGGCGGAAAUUUUACAGUUUAUAACAAACAUCAUUCACGACCAGAGUUCCUUGAAGACAAACUUGGCAACCUGACGGCAUUGUUCAAAGAUUUUAGAGCAGAAAAUAUUUCACUUUUCAACAUAACGUGUAGAAAUUAUUGGAACAAUGAGCCCAAUAAUCAGUGCCUUCUUGCCAUUGCAAGAACAGGGAAUUAUAACCGUGGAUUAGAUGUGAUGCAUGAG